AUGGCGGCACUCGUGAAUUUUAUCAAAUCUAAAAUUGUCGGAAGACACCAGGACCGCUGUCUAGUCCUCGGUAUUGAUGCUGCUGGAAAAACUACGUUCCUUUAUAAAUGUUUUCUCCCAAACGAAACUGUCACCACAAUUCCGACUAUUGGCUUCAAUGUCGAAACCGUCAAAUUCAAGGAUAGUGAUAUCACUCUUUGGGAUGUGGGAGGCUGCGACAAGAUCAGACCACUAGUUCGACAUUAUUUCUCUCCUGGAAUGGCUGUUCUUUUCGUUUUGAAUAUUCAUGAUGAAAGGCUCGCUGAAGCUAUGGACGAGCUAAGAUUCCAAAUUACAAUUGGGACUGAAGAUUUUGAACUUGGAUUUGUUGGCAUCAUGCUCAACAAACAAGAUUUACCGAACACCACACCAGAACUUCGUCAGAAAUGUCGGGAAGAAGUGGAAACUGUUAUGAAGGGCUUCUCAUCACGACUUAAGUGGCGCAUCUUUGAUUCCGAUGGCCUAUCUAGUCUAAAGGGCGUUGGUGUAGAGGAAGUUCUGGCAGGGAUUUACGACGGACUUCGGGGCUGGGUUCCAGAUCCUCAUUCCGAGCCGGUGGAUAAACCAACAGCAGUUCCACCAGAUGCUAUCCCAACGACAGAUGACCUCUUAAAGAGGAUAAAGUCACUUCGGGAAUCUAAAAGGACAGUAUACCGCUACCCGGAGACUUAUCUAGACAAGAUGAAGAACGGAAAACUUGAAACAUGGGAUCACGGCGACCACCUCUUCGUCGCAAGCGUCAUUUUACACAAAGUUCUGGAAGAUCCAUCCCAAACCACUACACCACAGCAACCGGUCUUUGCUGCCGUUGAAAUAUUCCUAGAGAACCUUUUAUCGAUGCUCCAAGCAGCCCCAGGUAGAUUCAGAAAUACAGCUCACCGGACCCUUACAACCUUUUGGGUCUAUCAGGUUUAUCUUGCAAUGCAUAAGUUUCAAGGGCCCGCUAAGACUAGUUAUAUUUCAGACUGGCCGGAGAGGUUCUUCACAAUUCUGGAGCAGAACCCGGAUUUGAUGAAUGGUAGACUUUGGCAGGACUACUAUUCAAAGAACUAUCUCUUCUCCCCCAAAGCCAAAGACAAUCUUGUCACACCAGAUAUCCAACGACUUCCAUCAAUGGACUCUGGGAAACCGGCAAUCCAAGCCCCUGGAUAUGACACUAAAAGACUUGGAGAAGAUCACACCUCCCGUCGCCUAAAGCGGUGGGCGUAUGCCACCCUUCAAACCGUCAAAGCAACUAACGCCCGCCGUGGUCUGAUUGUCAAGAAAGCCCUUUCUGAGCUUCAGCGGGACAUAAUCCGCCAACGCGCAAAAAGUCCAACAUUAGAACCAUACUCGGAAACCCAGGCCUACUUCUGGAUCCAAAUAGUGCACGCCGGUAUGGAAGGUAUUCUCAAGAAGAGCCCGACUUUCGACUUCGCUAGGGUUCCAUACGACACUAUUGAAAUCUUAUACCCAGAUGCCUUUGGUCAGGACGACUUGUGGAAAGAAUAUUAUCUAGAAGCUGACUGGAAGGGGUUGCCUGCCAGAGUUAGCUUUAUCCCUCCAAAGAGGGGCAAGGUUAUCCCAAACUUCACUCCAGCACUUGUAUUGGAGAAAGAUUGGAAACUGGCUGUUUCGGAUGUUCAUGUCCCAACAUUGGAGGAACUAACGCAGCGUGCGAACUACAUCUCAAGCUAUGAAGUCAAAAAAAAUGAUACGACAACUGAGUCUGACCCUUCUGGUUCUAAGUCAACGGAUGCACAGGCAGGUCAAUCCAACGAGGAAGAUGAAGACGACGACUGGGUAGACGUGCAAGACAUCACCGCGAAAGCCUCCCAAGUGAAGAUCUCAGAUCCCGAAAAGCUGUCUACGGAACCUAAAGGACCACAAACUUGGCAAGAUCAAGCAGAACUUAUCCACCAGAUUUUCGAUAAGCUUCCAAAAACUGGAUCCCAGAUAAACCACAGUUUCAUCUCUCGCAUCGCAUAUGACCAGGUCAACGCAUCUUGGUCUCGAACCCCUAACAGCACUCAAGACUCCACAUUGCAGCACUCCCAACUAACCAAGAAGACGUUUUGGGUCAGAAUGAUUAUUGAAGCUUAUAUUGAUACAUAUGGUGUAUUCAGUGAAUUGGGAGUUGAGAUUAGCUUACAGCAUUUCCUGUCGAAGAAUUUGGAACUUUGUUGGGAGGAUCUGUGGAUGGUUUAUUAUAAUGAGCUGACCUGGAAGAGUGUUACAGCGGACGAGAUGAUUUUAGGCUGCGAUAGGAAACAGCUGAAAAGUGUUAGGAGAUGGAAAGAACGAGCAGGUGGCCUGUAA